CAGAAGCGACCGAGAGCCAUCCGGAUGGUGUGAGAUCGGCUGAAAGGCCGCAGCUUCGCAACAUUUUCUAACACUAAUUUUACUUAACUGGAAGUGGGUGGUUCUACCUAAGAACCAGUGACAAGGACCUGAGUCAGACGGAAUACAAACUGGUCAAAGGAAAUUUGACUUUCUGUAAGAUUUAAGAUUAAAUGGCGAUGGUUUAAAUAUAUAUUUAGUCUCCACCAUGGUGUCCGUCAGGCUGCUCCUACUGUCUGGGUUUGCUUGCCUCGCCACUGCCUUCACCGCUGCGGACGCUUCAGGACAUGUCAGCCACCUGGUGGUUACUCCACAGAGUCCAGUGCUGGAGAUCGGGACAAACUUCACAGCUACGUGCACGAUCGUUAACACAGAUGAAAUCACUGUGGAUGAUCUCUACUGGCGGCUGUCUAAUACUAGCAUACCUGAGGAACACUACAAGAAGAUCAACAGAACACUUAGUGUCACUUUCCCCGUCAGAAGUGAAAAAGCUGAAUGGUUGAUGUGUCAACUAAAGAGGCCCCACCAGGUCAUCUUGCAUGAAGGCAAAUUCAUUCAAGGGAUAUGGCUUAGAACCGGCUAUCGUCCAGGGAAGCCGGAGAAUCUGUCGUGUAAAGCAUUUCAGGAGAAGUCCUCCAUCUCUCCAAUCAUCACUUGUGAAUGGGAGGUCACCGGACGUCAAACCAAAGACGUUCCUACAACAUACAUGCUGAUAGCUACAUAUGGCAAUGAUAAGAAGAGUACCUCAACACCAAACACCAAAGCCCAACUGUCUCUGAGCACCUUCCCCGAUUUUAUGUUGCUGGACAUUUGGGUGGAAGCGCGUAAUGAUCUGGGGACGGUUUCAUCUGAGCAUCUGAAUACCGAAUCUAACUGCAUUGUGAAACCAAACCCUCCAUCAGAAGUGAAAGUCAUUUCAGAGAAGGAGUUUCCUUCCUCUCUUCUCAUAAACUGGACCCAUUCUCUUAAUGUUCACUCGAUUACUUUUCAAAUUCGAUACUGCACAAGUGGAUCUCACAUGUGGACCUACGUUCCUCUUGCAGACAUUGUCUCUCCUAUAAAGUCCUUCAGACUCCAGGACCUCCACCCUUACACAGAUUAUGUCAUUCAGCUACGCGGCAAAAUGAAUGGGAACGACUGCGGGUACUGGAGCAACUGGAGCACCAAUAUGACCAAAAGAACCCCAGAAGAUAUACCAUCAAGUAAACCGGAUUUAUGGAGCACCAUUGUUGAGAGUGGCCCAAAUAGACGACAAGUGAAGUUGAUUGCGAAGGAUCCUCAAAGAGCGAAUGGGAAUAUAAGAGGAUUUGACAUAUCCAUUCUAUACCACAAGCAUGGAAAUCCUGAACUGGAGAGUAUCCCAGUCAACAGGUCCGAGGAAGACAGCCGCUCCAGUCACAGAAGAGUCAAUGAACUUAAAGAGAUCUCCCUGGCUGACAAUGAGUCUGUAUUAGUUGCUGUCACUGCAAAUAAUUCUGUGGGGACAUCUCCUAAGGCGUACUUGGGCAUCCCUGCUAAAUCAAACAGGCCUACCCCAGUGAAGGACCUGAAGGUCUGGUCUCAUGAGGGUCAGUUGUACCUGGAGUGGAAACUGGCAAAUAACACGACUGUAUCAGAAUAUGUGAUCGAGUGGAUCAAGGAUGAUGGAACAAUGUGGCCAAACUGGCAGAGAGAAGCUGGAUCAGUCCGACAAACUACAAUUAAAGGAGAGCUGGAGCGUUUUGUUUGCUACAACGUGUCCGUGUAUCCCAUACGCUCCCGAUGGGUCAGGAAACCAGCUCGACUACAAGCCUUUCUGGAAGAAGGAGUUCCAUUGAAAGGCCCUAGUCUGGAACUGAUGGAUAACCCAGGACACGACAAGGCUAAGCUGGUGUGGAAGGAGAUUCCACGGGAAAUGCGUCAAGGCUUCAUCACAAACUACACCAUUUUCUUCAGAAGUGGGGAUAGAGUCAGCGCGGUAACGGUGCCGGGUAACACCACCUCGUACACGCUGACGCAGCUGUUACACAACACCAGGUAUGACGUGUGGAUGCAGGCUUCGACCGUCCGAGGACCGUCAAGGAACGGCACGGUCCACUCGUUCACCACCACCAGAUACGAGUCGAUGGCAGCCAUCGUGGUCGGAGUGAGCUGCAGCUUUCUGGUCCUGGUCCUCGUGCUCGCCGCGCUCUGCUUCUGUAAAAGAGAUGCCAUCAAGAAGAACCUCUGGCCUCAGAUUCCUGAUCCUGGAGAGAGCACCAUUGGAACCUGGUCUCCUGAUUAUCCUUUGAAGGCCGAGACGCCGAAGGAGAACUGUCUGUCCGGCAUCAGCGUCCUGGAUGUGGGUGUAUGUGAUGCCAAACGUGGUUUUGAAGAGGACAAGGCCAGUUUGUCUCUAAAGAAGGACAAGUAUCUGUCCGAGGAGCACAGCAGUGGCAUUGGUGGCUCAUCCUGCAUGUCCUCGCCUCGCCAGAGCGUCUCCGACAGCGACGAGGGCGCAGACAUGGCCGACACCACAGCCAGCACCGUCCAGUACUCCUCCGUCGUGGCCUCCAGCGGGUACAAGGGCCAGACCCCCGCCUUUCAGCCUCAGCAUAGCAUUUUCUCCCGGUCAGAGUCCACGCAGCCGCUGCUGGACUCGGAGGAGAACACGGACCUGGUGCUGCAGGACGGCAGCCAACACUUCCAGCGUUUCCCUCGACAGUCCUGCUUUACGCAGCCGGAGAACCCGGACAGCGAGGACUGUGGUGACUUCCAGCAGCUGGAUGAAGACCAGAUGGAUUUCUGUCCGUUUGAGGAGGACACUGAGCUGACAGCAGCUCCAGACGGCCUGUCAGCUGAUGCACCCUCAGCAUCGUCCUCCAGCUACAUGCCUCAGCUGGGUGGCUACAGGCCACAGUGAGAACACUUACCACUAGUCUGUGUUUCCCCCACCGUUAUAUUUGGGGGUUCCCCCCCCUGAACGAGAUUCACCACCUCCAAUAGAAGAUCAAAUUAAUUUAGGCUGAUUUGAUCUGGUUUUCUAUGAAACGCUAAAUCACAACAGAACUCUGUUCAGGUUCAGGCUUCGUCCUUUAAUUAAAAAACUAACGUCAAAUGUCAUUUCCACCACGACGUUUGGUAGCGUCUCUGUGUCCACGGCAGAGUCUCACACGAUGCUGCACGCACACACACGUACGUCACGGAACGUCGUGUCCGUCGCGGGAACGUGCACAGGCAUCAACAAACAGAAUCUGUCCGCGUAGGAAUGUCUGAGCCGUAUUACAGCUUAAAAUGGAUCCAGUUUGAAGGUUUUAUUAACAUCAACACGUUUUCUAAGAUCUGAACUUUAAGAAAAUUUAGAGCAACGCUUUUGGAAAAUCAGUCCACAAAGAAGUUUGAAAUCAUUUUUAAAUUAUAUUUAAAUAAUCAGACGCGUCAUAUUCACACUGUAAUGCAGCCUUUCCCAAACUGGGAAUGAAUGCGUUGAUUCAGAGAUUAAUCUGUGAAACUUACCCGUUAAUUUCUUGAUGUGUUAAUGCAUAAGUAACAAAGUUAUUACUCAUAACAUUAAAAUCCGAAUUUGGCAUUGUCUUGGUGAGAGAAGCUGUUUUUCGGCAUAUGAGUGCUUUGUCACAGCAGUUCACAGAAUCCAGUAAAAACCACUUUGUCCUUAUUUGUGAAGAUUCGGACCGUUGGGAGUCGAGCCUUAUGUGUGGAGGAUGCAGCGGCUUGGGAACCACUUCUGUUACGAGUUAGGUUACCUGCUACUGCUUCAUGAAUACAUGACUCAGCAGAGCUGCUGGAACAUCCUGUUCAUGAAGCUGCAUGAAAGUUACACGUAUUCCAAUAAAAGUCAAAUUAAGUUUGCGCUCGGAAAGCAGACUAAUAGUAAAUAGUCUGGCCGGGGAGGGGAGACACUGGUUUUGUGCCUUUCUUUGUGUCAUGUUGUCAUUUCAGGUAGGUCCUGACAUAUCUUCUGCAUUUAAUCAUGAUGCUUCUGUACUUUGUAAAGUGUAAUGUGACUUCAGGCUAACAAGUGGGAGUGUGCCAGCUUUGAACUCACCUGGAAAAACCACACUUCUCACGUGAAAACUAAACACGACACCUGCAUGGACCACUGUUUGGACAAAGAUGGAACUACAGCAGACCCCUGGAGACCCUCCAGCUCUGUAUGGAUGUUACAGUUUCUUACCAAGGUGUUGUAGUUUCCCUCACCAAGUAUGCUUUUGGCUCACAUAUAUGCUGCACAGGAAUGUAAUCAACCCAAGUUAAAGCUGACAUGUAUUCAAUAAAGUUUCAAUCAGCUGCUUUUGA